AUGCACGUGGAAGUCGCCUUCUUUGGCUUUACUACAAAGCUCACUCCAAAGAAUAAGUGGUACUAUCCCAGCGAGAUUGCCAAUGACCUGGAGAGUCUCAACAUGUCGACUGUUGUCAAACAAGAAGUCUUCGCUUGUGCAUGGGAGUAUACUCGAUGUGUUAUUCCGCAAUACACAAAUUGGAAGCGGUACAUCGCAUUCAUGCGGAUCAUCAUCAUGGGUGUUAUUGCAGAGUUCAAAGGAAGCCUAGUCGAUGUAACAGCAGGAGACAAUAUUCUAGGAUAUAAUCUUCAAGAAGUUCUCGACGAUCUGUUCGCCGGGACGGCAGACUAUGAAAAUAUGUGCCGUGAAUAUAGGUCGUUCCUGCUGAUAACUGCAGACAAGUCGAGCAACCGCCGCAAUGGGUUCAGAAUGAGGGACGCAGACGCCCUGGCCCGAUUUACUAUAGCCUCCGCACUGGCUUGUAAUGAUCUUGACAGUGUGAAGUUGUCAGAUGGCGAGUACGAGAUCCUCACAGAGAUUGGAGACACCCUCUAUGAUGCAGUAGCAUUCUUCAAACAUCGGAGCGAGGGGGAAACUAACAGCACAUUCGCCUAUAUGCCGUCGGACAAGCGCAUAACCGCCUUCCAUCAGGCUCGAGAGGUCCUAUGGGCCCUUGAUGUGGCCCUCUCUAGAAGAGCUGAGUACACACCCGUUCUAAAUUUUGUGCGUUUCUUUGGAGGUCCCAUCCAUAUAAUGAUGAGACGAUACAGAUUUGUUGAGGAAGAACUCACAAUCGGACGCUCUGAAACUCGAGAUGUUGUUGAUCAAGCCAGGAAGAAUCGUAAGCUUUGGUACAGGGUUGACUCUGAUGACGAACGGAUGAAGGACGAGGAUCGUUUUCGUCAUCUUGUGUCCACCGGAAGUGAGAUAUACAUGUUUCCUGGGCUUUGUGGCUACCUUGAAAGCGACCAGAACUGCUCCAGCUGUAAUUUUCGAGAUUACUAUGGUGCAGAAGCACAUGGUCGGUUUGGAGGUGUUGUGCUUUGUCUGUCCUGUCGGAGCACCUGGUCAGCACAUCUGGAUACGCUCCAUGAAAGAGCUGCGCUCAUCUUCCCAGAGCUUAAUGAAGUCUUCUCGCAAACUUAG